AUGCAGCUCCUAUCUCUUUUUACCUCCAUGGCCCUCGUGUCUUCAGUCAUCUCGACUGCGACACACGACCUGAACAACAUGGUCGCUCGCGGAGCUGAUCGCGGCACCGAAAUCAUUCAUGGACUCGGGGCUCGUAAGCAGGCGAUCUUGAAGGCCGGCGGCAACACUCGCGAUAUGGCUAUCGCCAUGCUCGAGACUACCAACAUGGGCACCGAUUACAACUAUGGUGACGGAAAGACUGGCGAUGGUACCAACUUCGGUGUGUUCAAGCAGAAUUGGUUCAUCUUGAGACAUUCUGCUUCUGAUUUCCUGGGCAAGACCCCCGCCCAGGUUGAUGAGGGUGUCAUUCUCAACACUGAUCUGAAGAAGGACAUCAAGGCUCGCCAUGAGGGCGAGAAGCACUACGGCUAUGAAACUUGGUUCAGCGGCCACCGCAAUGGAGAAUCCGGUGUCAACAACCCGGGCACUGCGGACAUCAAAGCAUACAUGGAUGGUGUUGCAUGGAUUCAACAGCAGAUUGAGAGUGAUGAGAAGUUCCAGAGCGACGAUACUCGUUUCUGGGUUGAUGUUGUUGCCAUCUAG